UCUGCUACAUCCAUCAAAACAUUCAUAUUCAAAUUUUUUCCAAUUAUUUAUUUCAAUUACAAAAUAAAAAUUAAAUAGGCCCAGACCCUGGUAUCAUUCCUUCUAUAAAAGCCAAAUAGGAUUUAUUCAAACUCAAUCUGCUAACGAAUUGUCCCGUUUGUAAAAACUGCCUUGGGGUAUGAUAUGAAUUCAGGAGAAAAUCUUUUAUCAUCAAGAAGUGGAAUAUUAAGUAAAAUGAAUGAGUGUGGUCUUCCACCAAUCGAUAUUUCUAAAGACAAAUUUCCUUGCUGUAUUGUUUGGACUCCUAUACCAGUUUUGUCAUGGUUCUUUCCAUUUAUUGGUCAUAUGGGUAUAGCUUUAUCUUCAGGAGUUAUAAGGGAUUUUGCAGGACCAUAUUAUGUAUCGGAAGAUAAUAUGGCUUUCGGAAGACCAACCAAGUACUGGCAAUUGAAACCUGCCCUCGCAAGAGGAGGAAUAUCUGGUUGGGAUAAUGCGGUUACUGAAGCUUCCGACAUUUAUAAAGGACGUAUGCACAAUUUAUUUUGUGACAAUUGCCAUUCUCAUGUAGCCACUGCCUUAGAUUUAAUGAAGUAUAAAGACUCCUCUGAUUGGAAUAUGAUAAAAUUGGCAUUUUUAAUUUUGAUAUAUGGGAAAUAUGUGAGCUUUGGGAGGUUUUUUCAAACAUGGGUGCCCUCAGUUUUAUUUUAUGCCAUUAUUUUUGCUUUAAUGUAUAAUAUGAUUUAAUAUAUUAUAGUCAUAUAUGUACAUAUUUAUGUAUUGAAGAAAGAUUGUUCAAGUAUAGAAUAAAUAAGGAAAAAAUUAAUAAA